AUGCGUUCUGCACCGUCCUGCCCAUCCUUGCUCCUGUGCGCCACGGCAUUCCUCGUCGCCCUCGGGUCGGCUGCCGUCGUGCGCGCCUCUCCCUCGAUUGUCGACGACAUUACCGCUGCCGCUGCCGCCGCUGGAGCCCCGGCUGCCGGCCUGCUGCGCUUUUCACCCAACAUCAACAAGCAGCUCAAUUUAGUGGAGCGGGGUGCCGGAAGAAGCGACCCGGACCGUCCGGACUUGGCAGCUGCUAAUGUGCUGAAGCCGCGCGCCGCGACCAACCUGCAGUUCUUCCAAGGCGCACUUUCCAACAUUGCCGCACCACCGAUUUCCCAAUCCAACGACGCAACACGGCCGUUCUCCGUCGACGGCGAUACCUUUACCGAUUUCCAGUCGGCUGUCGACCGCUCCUGCGACAAUCAGCACAACAGCUGUGCCAAUGCGGCCAACAGCCAAAAAUCGUCGAGCUUUAGCGUCGGCGACUGUGAUACACAAGAUACCAAGUGCAAGGCCGCCGCGUCAUCCGCAACACAGACUGCUUUCACCGAGCUGACAAGCUCGUCGGACGAAUUCGACUUUUAUUGUGAUGUGUAG